AUGCCACGAAAACGUAAAUUAAAGAAGGAUGCGAUUGAAAGGGCUAGGAAAAUGCAAGUAGUAAUAAGAGCAUCAGAAAAGGAAGGCAAACGCAUAGAUCCGACAACGUCGUCACAAAAAACGAUUGAUAUGGAAACAUGGUCUGAAUCAAAUAAAUCUGCAGGUCCAUCGGUGCAUGCACAAAUGAUUAUGAAGGAAGACUAUUCAAAUGGAAUCAUUGUC